AUGUCACUUCCCAAGAAUGAUUCGAGCGGGUUCAAUGAUGGACGACGUGGCAGACAACUACGACCCUCAGCGUCUCAAAAUGAACAAGAACCGAAGUCAAAGAAGAAAAAGGUUCCACAAGAAAUUGUAACCAACAUAUGGACCUCAUUCGCUGCGCCGAGUUUUAGCAAAGUGAUGACAAUACUUCCGCCAAAGGCUGCGAACUCGGCGAAAGUGAAGCCCUCAACAACAGUAGACAAAAGUAACAUCUUGGUUUCUGAAGGCUUCGAGCUCGCCGCCGAGGAAUGCAGGUCAAGGGUGAGGAAGCUUAUCAAAGAGUCCAAAAGAGUCAACACGCGGUAUCGGGAUGCAGAGUUCGAUAUAGACUGGGAUCUCAGAUAUAAAAAGGCUGAUUUUCUGAAUGGUCUGGUGAAAAAGCCGUUCGAUAUCAAAUCCUCGAGUUCCACAGCUCCUAAGGCGGUGAAACGCGUGCAUGAAAUUUUUGAAGAGCCAACUUUUUUGAAAAAUGUUCUUCCCUCGGACGUCAGGCAAGGCCGUGUAGGGGAUUGCUGGUUAAUGGCCAGCCUGACGGCUUUAGCAAGCAUGGAAAAUGGCAUUCAAAGGUUAUGUGUCGAGUACGACACGAAAGUCGGCAUAUACGGCUUUGUGUUUUUCCGUGAUGGCGAGUGGAUUGUCUCCAUCAUAGAUGAUAAGCUGUAUCUAAAGUCUCCAGAUUGGGAUUCCCUCUCAGCUGAGCGAACCCUACUUGAGCGGUCCGAGGUAGACGAUAUUGAAGCAGAAUAUCGGAAGACGUACCAAACUGGCUCGCAAGCUCUUGCCUUCGCGCGUUGUCUUGACAAAAACGAAACAUGGCUGCCGUUGUUAGAGAAAGCCUACGCAAAAUCUCAUGGCGAUUAUGGUUCUUUGAAAGGAGGCUGGAGCGGAGAGGGAUCUGAAGAUCUAACAGGGGGCGUCACGACCGAAUUUCUCUCCUCCGAUAUCUUGGAUAUUGACGACUUUUGGACUAAUGAGCUUAUGAAGGUCAACAAAGAGUUUCUGUUCGGAUGUUCCACAGGCUUAUUUGAUGGCGGUUACGGCUCCAGAGACGGAAUAACAGAAGGCCACGCUUAUGUUAUCAUGGAUGCUCGCGAAUUGUCCACGGGGGAGCGCCUCCUCAAGCUUCGGAACCCUUGGGGGAAGGGAAAUACGGGUAACUGGCAUGGUGCUUGGUCAGACGGGAGUAAGGAGCUUACUGUGGACGCACAGAAAGAGCUAGAUCAUAAGUUUGGAAACGAUAGCGUCUUUUGGAUCUCAUACCCCGACUUCCUACGAAAAUACCAGCACUUUGACAGAACGAGACUAUUCAUGGAUUCUCCUGACUGGCGACUGAGUCAAAAAUGGGUCAGUGUUGAAGUACCAUGGAAAUCCGAGUUUAAACAGAUGUUUCACAUUGUUUUGAAGAAGGACUCACCAGUUGUUAUCGUUCUUAAUGAACUUGACGAGAGAUACUUUGCUGGUUUAGAAGGACAGUAUGAUUUCAGGCUUCAAUUUCGUCUUCACGAUGUGAAUACUCUCGACGAGGAAGAUUUCAUUGUCAGAAGCCACGGGAAUUAUCUGAUGCUUCGGAGUGUGGCCACUGAACUCAUAAGUCUCUCUGCAGGUACUUAUUCGGUCUCGGUGAUGAUCGUUGCUGAGAGAAUGAAAUCGCAAUUCACUGUGGAAGAGAUUAUCAAGGAACAAUGCGAAAACAAGGGCGAUAAUGACAAGUUAGCUCAAGUUGGCGCAUCUUACGAUUUAGCUCAUAGCAAAGUAACAGCACACCUUGAAAAUCAAGCAUCCGCUCAGCUGGCGCAAGCUAAAGCUGAUGCUCGAGCUCUUCGGGAUUCAGCGCGCAAGAGAAUUUGGGAGAAAAGACAUCUGUUAAGAAAGAUGAGCAAGAAGCAAGCUAAGAAAAACAAGAAGAAGCAAUGGAAGAAAAGCAACGAGAUUCGUGAGGCUUACAAUGCCAAAAUGGACGCUGAGCCUAAAGAUGUGGGUGUCCAGACAGAGAAUACCGAAGAGCUACAAGAAAUCAAGAUGGAAGAUAAGUCAUCGCAGACGAUGGCGCCAGAGGAGCUCACAGCAGAGGUCGAUAAGCUCGCUGAGUUUGUUCCUCAGGAAAUAUCAGACCAACCCGAAAUUGCAGUUUCCGACUCAAGUAAAGAUUCUCCUAACACACCUGAACCCACAAAAGGCACUCCUGCCGUCACCACUACUGAGACAACUUCUGCCACCACGACUAAGACUGCUUCCGCUACUCUGAUGACCAAUGAACAGAACUGUACCCAGCAUGUGAAUUAUGCAGCUACGCCUGAAUAUUCAGACGACGCUUCGGAAGGGGCGUCAAGUGCCAGUCCAGUGUCUGAAAUCGAAGACCUAUACAGCGAUGAUGAAGCGGCUUAUGCGGCUUUGUUUCCCAAACCCGCCAAUGAAAAACCGGGCACAGAUCCGAAGUCAAAGCCGGCUGAUGAUGAUGAUGACAUUGAGCCUUGGAACGCAGUUUGUGUCGUCGGUUUUAGAGUUUACAGUAAAGACGAGCAAUUGGAGAUCAGACUUUGGGAGCCUGACUUUAAUGGGAUAAAGAAGGAGCCUGUUGGUGAGGAAUUUCAAGGCGAUGAUGAGGGCUGUGAAGGUGAUGAUGAAGAUGAGAGUGAGAUUUGUGGAAAGAAUGCCUCCAAAGGUCAGAAGAGUAAGCAACCGACGACUGACACGAAGACGCAAAGUUCGACUGUCGAAGUGAAGACUGAAGUGACGGUAGUCGAAACGAAAACUCGAGAGCUUAUGAUCAAUACCAAGAUACAAGACCCGAUUGUUGACAUGGAGGCGCAAGCACCAGCAAUUGACGCAAAGAAUCAAGAACCGACUGCCGACACGAACGCAAGCGAAGCGGCGAACGGCACGAAGACAGAAGAAUUGACGUCCGAAACAAAAGUAGCAGAAACGGCGGCUGGCACGGAAACUCAGGAGUCCGCAGUUGAUACUAAAACUCAAGAACCGUCUACCGACACUAAAACAGGCGAAGCGGAGGCCGAUAAGAAGUCACAAGAAUCAACUGUUGAUACCAAGAAGCAAGAACCAACCACCGACACAAAGACCGAAGACCCGACGACUGACACCAGCACGCCAGAAUCGACCGUCGACAAGGCGACCCCGGUCACAGAAGACGACAAGAAGACAGGAGACGCGGCGACUGAGACGAAAACCAAAGUCAUUGCGUUUCCAGACAAUGCAGAGACACCGCCAGAGGAAGAUACGGUAGCGCAGACUUCCAAUGAAGUGACAGAGCCUCCUAAAGAUGAAGAUGAACUGUCAAAGGAAGAUUCGCAAUCCGACUCGGCUGAACGUCGCGACUCAACAGAAAGUCCAACAGAUUUCGUUGUGGUUGCUGCUGAGGGUGAGUAG